AUCGAAUCGAAUAACAUUUAGGAAUUCCCCAGCCCACCCAAUUAAGGCCCACGAUCCGGCCAUUUCGACCGGCAGCAAUUUUGACAUGCUCCGCGGCGCAGCGUAUUACCAUGCGUCCUUCCCAGUGAGAUUCACGCUAGGUAUUCACCUUGACCAGCUACUAUAAAAGAGGCAGCUGCAGCCCCCUUCUUUGGACUCUUUCACUCCUCUCUCCUCGGUCUUCUCUCCUCCAAUCCCCCAUCAUUUUCAUCCCCCCUUUUCGAGGCGAGUCGACCGCAGGCAGGUAACAUGGCAGAUCAAAAACAAUUCCCAACUAUCUCCCAGAAGGUAGCCAACCAACUACAUCUGGGAUCCAGCAUCUCACAAGUUCGUUAUGGAGGUGUCCCACAACCUGCUGCAUAUCAGAGGCGAUUUGCUUAUGGCAAUUAUACAAACCAAGGUUUCCAAUAUCCUAAGACCUGCAGGGCAAGUCAGGAUCUGGCAUUGAUCUCUGCGAAUGCUUCCCCAGUUUUCGCUCAGGCUCCCUCAGAGAAAGGCUUAGCUGGCUUUGCAAUUGACUUUCUUAUGGGAGGAGUUUCAGCUGCUGUGUCAAAAACAGCUGCUGCUCCUAUUGAGCGUGUGAAACUCUUGAUCCAAAACCAAGACGAAAUGAUCAAGACUGGCCGACUUUCUGAACCAUACAAGGGAAUUGGAGAGUGUUUCAGUAGAACAAUUAAGGAAGAAGGGUUUGGAUCACUGUGGAGAGGAAACACUGCUAAUGUUAUCCGUUACUUCCCUACUCAGGCCUUGAACUUUGCGUUCAAGGAUUACUUCAAGAGGCUGUUUAACUUCAAGAAGGAACGCGAUGGUUACUGGAAAUGGUUUGCUGGCAACCUUGCCUCCGGUGGUGCUGCUGGUGCAUCCUCGCUUCUCUUUGUCUAUUCCUUGGAUUACGCUCGUACCCGUCUUGCCAAUGAUGCGAAGGCUGCGAAGAAAGGAGGUGAGAGGCAAUUCAAUGGUUUGAUUGAUGUCUACAAGAAGACCCUCAAGUCAGAUGGUUUGGCUGGUCUUUACCGUGGAUUCAACAUCUCGUGUGUUGGUAUCAUUGUAUACCGUGGUCUGUACUUUGGUAUGUACGACUCUCUGAAGCCAGUCCUCCUAACCGGUUCUCUGCAGGAUAGUUUCUUUGCUAGUUUUGCCCUCGGUUGGCUCAUCACCAACGGUGCUGGUCUUGCCUCCUACCCGCUUGACACUGUUCGCAGAAGAAUGAUGAUGACAUCUGGUGAGGCUGUCAAGUACAAGAGCUCUAUGGAUGCCUUCGCCCAGAUCCUCAAGAACGAGGGUGCCAAGUCCUUGUUCAAGGGUGCUGGUGCCAACAUUCUUCGUGCCGUUGCUGGUGCUGGUGUGCUUGCAGGUUAUGACAAGCUUCAGAUGAUCGUUUUUGGAAAGAAAUAUGGCUCCGGUGGUUCUUAAAUAUGUCAGCUGCUUUUUUUGCAAAGAGAUGGCGGUUAUUAAUAUUCCCUUUUUGUUGUUUAGUUUGAGAAGGUGGCAAACCCUAUUCAAGUAUGAUGGCGAUGAUAAAAAUCUUUUUGUUAUUUAUUUAGUUUGAGAAUUGACAAUGUGCGAUGAUAGUCUUUUUUGCUAUUCAAUUUGAGAAUUGGCUCUCUUGUUUUAA